UCUACUCUUUGCAGGCUUCCUUGCUGUAUCCCACUGAAGGGGAUAAGAAGAAGGAAUCAUUGGGACUGUCUUUGAUCCCCCCAAUACUCAGGGAAGUAAGUCCCGAUGUUGGCAGUGCUGCAGGGUCUCUGCAAAGCUCUCUGCAGCUGGAUGUGCAAGAGUCCCAGGAGAUGAGGUCCACAUCCGGCAGCAGAAGUGAAGAUGAUGACUCUGAAGAAGGAGGGCUGACUAGGUUCAUUUUUUCUGAAUCUUUCCGGCUAUCUCCUUCUAUGCUCCUUCCCUCUGCUCCGUUGCCUCCCAUCCGGAAAACCUCUCAGUCUUCCAACAGAAGAGAAAUGUGCAGCUUUGAGAAGGAGAGUGGGAAAAAUGGCAGUGGCUAUGAGGAAGACACCAGAGAAAGAGAGGAGCUGAGGUCAAAAGGAAAAAGUUGUAAGGCUUCCUUGCUGUAUCCCACUGAAGGGGAUAAGAAGAAGGGGUCACUGGGACUGCCUUUGAUCCCCCCGAUACGCAGGGCAGUAAGUCCCGAUGUUGGCAGUGCUGCAGGGUCUCUGCAAAGCUCUCUGCAGCUGGAUGUGCAAGAGUCCCAGGAGAUGAGGUCCACAUCCGGCAGCAGAAGUGAAGAUGACGACUCUGAAGAAGGAGGCCUCCCACUGAGCCAAGCCAAGGGGACAGAUCGUCCCACCAGUCCUGGUCAUAUGAGUGAUGAAGACCUGAGGGACAGCUCUGGAAAGGUAAGGGUUAAAGACAGGGAUGAGCAGACUUCCUUUCCUUAUUGCUUGGCCCCAAAUGUCACUGAUAAUCAUAGUCUUCCAUUCCUGAGGGAUGGGGAUUCUCCUGGGAAUAUAUUUGCUUUUUAAAGAGCAAUUGUGUGG